UUUUCCUACAUUUGCAAAUUUGUCUGGAUGGAGCACGAAAGGUGCUUUAGCUUGUCCUUGUUGUAACAUACGUACUCGACAUCGGUAUUUGAAGAAUGGAAGGAAAAUUUGUUACAUGGGGCAUCGCCGCUGGUUGAAUGCGAGUCACAAAUUUCGAAAAGAUGCUGCGUCUUUUGAUGGAACUUCUGAAUUUGAACCAUGUCCAACUCGGUUAUCGGGGGCUAAUGUGUUACGACAGCUAGGGCCUAAGCAUCAACCAACUAACAGACAAAAAAGAACUAGGAAAGGAAAGGAAAAAGAGGACAACGAGGGGGAUCAUAAUUGGAGGAAGAGGAGUAUUUUCUUUGAGCUUCCAUAUUGGGAGCAUAAUUUGAUUCGCCACAAUCUUGAUGUAAUGCACAUUGAGAAGAACGUGUGUGAUAAUGUAUUGUGGACGAUAUUAAAUGUUGAUGGGAAAGGAAAGGAUAAUUUAAAUGCUCGUCGAGACUUGCAAGAUAUGGGAAUUCGAAAGGCAUUACAUCCUAAAAAAGGGGUUGGGAACAGGUAUUUUUUGCCGCCUGCAUGUUUUGCUAUGAACAAUAGAGAGAGAGGUUUGUUUUGUACACUCCUGAAGAAUAUCAAAGUUCCAGAUGGGUAUGCAUCCAAUAUUUCUCGUCGUGUUAACCUCAAACAACAUAGCAUAUCUGGACUGAAAAGUCAUGACAACCAUAUAUUGAUGCAACAAAUACUUCCAAUAGCAGUGAGAAAUUUGUUACCGAAAAAAGUUGUUGAACCAUUGAUUGAGUUAAGCAAUUUCUUCAGGCAGUUGUGCUCCAAAACUUUAGAGCCAGAUGGGUUAGAUCGUCUUCAAUCCCAAAUUGCUCUUACACUUUGUCAUCUUGAGAGAAUUUUUCCUCCAUCCUUUUUCGAUAUAAUGGAGCACUUGCCUAUUCACCUAGCAGAGGAGGCCAAGAUUGCUGGUCCAGUGCAAUAUCGCUGGAUGUACUUCAUAGAAAGGUAUCUUAUGACACUUAAGUCAUAUAUGCGUAAUCGAAGUCAUCCAGAAGGUUCAAUUGCAGAGGGAUACUUAGUUGAAGAGUGUAUGACCUUUUGCUCAAGGUACUUGGAUGAUGUCGAGUCAAAAUUGAAUCGACCAAUAAGGAAUUACGAUGUUAGCGACAAUCCUGGGAUAUUACUGGGUCAUGCUUUAGGAAAAGGAAAAGGGUUUGCGCUUGAUAACACAUCAUGGGUACAAGCUCAUCGGUAUGUGUUAUUUAACACUGCUGCGGUUGUCCCAUAUCGAGAGGAGCAUCGUGAUUUUAUUAAGCGGUCACUUCGUUGUCUCAAAGAUUUUGAUGUGGAUUGCCGUCACAAUGAUGAGUUUCCCAGAUGGUUUAAUUCUCAUGUUGAAGAGCUUCUAGUUAUUGAAAAUGCUGUGUUGUCAGAUGAGAUUAAAACUUUGGCAUUGGGACCUAGUAAAAAGGCCACGAGAUUCAAUGGGUAUAUAAUUAAUGGUACUAGGUAUCAUACGAGGAGUCGUGAGUGGAGAAGAAAAACUCAAAAUAGUGGGGUUAUGGUGAAAGCAAAGACUUGUAGCUAUGCAAGUACCAGAGACAUGAAUCCUGUGGAAGGUGAAGUAGCAUACUAUGGAUAUGUGACAGAUAUUAUUGAAUUGUAUUACUCAUACGACCGUAGAUAUGUGCUAUUCAUGUGCGACUAG